UGUAUUAAAAGAAUUUCGAAAGACCGAAUUCCGACAUGUCAGGCACACCGUGUGUACAAUGUUCCAGAUGUCGUGGGGCAGACCUGUGACAACAGAGGAGGCCUUCCGUGUGCUGACCGUGGAGCGACAGUUCCUGCUGGAGGCGGCAGACCUGCUGGGGCGAUGGCGGCGCUCCGGAGCCGACUACACGCAGCUGGCGGAGGAGAUGAGGCGUCUGCAGGCGCGGCAUGAGCAGCUGUUGGCCACCGCAGCGGCGGGGCUCAGCGAACACAGUGGAAUCACCACUGACGUUACAGGGGCCCUGCGAGUAGAUCCUAUUCCUCAGAAAUUCGAUCAUCCAGCAAGCAAGGAGGGAGAAGCCCAGCCUCUGCCCAGCGGGGGCGUGCCUGGUGGGACAAACGACGCCUCGGACCCGACGGUGGAGGCCGGGCCCACGGCGGAGGUGUUGGACCUGCUGCGGGCGGAGGCGCCUUCUGCCGAAGACCUGCACCAACUGGCGGGGGAGUUCAAGCGCAUCUGGGCGAGUCACAAACUGCGCUUCGACCAAUUGGACAUCGACAAUGAUGUUUCCGGUGAACAAUGAUCGAAAGUAGAACUUAUUUGCAGUACACUAUUGGUCGAAAGUAUCCAGACAUCCUAUUAGCGGAUGUCAAUGUGUGGGUUGCCGACGCUUCGCCUUUAUGACAGCACGAAUUCUGGUGGUGACCGCUACAAAGAGAUGUCAGAAUUUCUGUGGAGGAACGGCAACCCCUUCAUUCUCAAGAGACUAUAACCGUCGUCGACUUGUUCCUUUUUGAAGCAAUAAAU